GCCAAGACGUUGGAGAUGGAGUUUGCGUCAGGUUACUUGGGGAUGACGACGACGGUGGUCUUUCUGCUCUUGUUGCCCUGUGUCAUGUCAAUGCCCCGGGAGUUUGAUUUCUUUUUCUUCGUUCAGCAGUGGCCAGGGUCUUACUGUGACACGAGGAGAGGAUGUUGCUACCCAAGGACGGGGAAGCCGGCGGCAGAUUUCAGCAUCCACGGCUUGUGGCCUAACUACGACGACGGCAGCUAUCCCUCCGACUGCAACAGGCAUUCCCAUUUCAAUAUAUCAGAGAUAUCAGACUUGAGGGAUGAGAUGGAGAAGGAAUGGCCGUCUCUGUCAUGCCCAAGCAGCGACGACACCAACUUUUGGUCCCACGAAUGGGAGAAGCACGGGACUUGCUCGAUGCUGGACCAGCACCAGUACUUCCAAGCUGCGCUGAACCUCAAAACCCAGCUCAACCUCCUCCACAUCCUUCAGAGUGCAGGUAUUCACCCGGAUGACGGACUGUAUAGCCUGGAAAGCAUCAGAAACGCCGUAGAAGAAGCAGCAGGGUUCACACCAGGAAUAGAAUGCAAUGCCGAUGAGAGCAGGCAGCGUCAACUGUACCAGAUCUUCGUGUGCGUCGACACCACGGCCACCACCUUGAUCGAGUGUCCAGUGCUGCCGAGGGGAAGGUGUCCCCAUCUGAUUGAGUUUCCUGCCUUCUGAUCAUUAAUCACCUCCGAAUUCCAAUAACAAUAAUGCUGCCCCUUCGCAGCUACGCAGUGAUCGGUAGCCAGAUUCUUCGAAACGUCUGUUAUCAAAAUAUAAUAAAGCUCGAUUUUCACUUGCAAGUUCUUCGAUCCAAGA